AUGCUUGACCAAGAACAUACAAGGAAAUUAACCCUUGAAUUAGCUGAACGUUCAACUGCUMAGGUCGUUGCAGAAGCAGGGACAAUGAUCGUUAUUGUUACCGCAGCUUUGUUUGGAAAUUCGUGUGUUUUAURUGUGUUCUUCAAGUCGCCAAGAUUUCGCAGUGUAACCAACUACUACCUGAUUGCUCUGUCUUUGUCAGAUGUUCUUUACUCGAUGAUUAUAAUGCCGCUUGUCAUAAUCGUGUCAAUAUAUGGUAGAGACGUUCUCGGGUCAAGUGUUGGUCAAGUUGGAGGAUUUCUUGCUUACUUCUUUGUUUCUGGAUCGUUACAGACGACAACGCUGAUCGCAGUCAACAGAUUCUUCUGUGUGGUGAAACCAGAGACUUACCGCAAAUAUUUCAAACCAAAGCCCGCCCUACUCAUGAUCAUUGGGAUGUGGGUAUUUUCAGCCUUCAAUGCGGGAGGCGUGUAUGUUAGCGGUAUCGCAAAGUUUGAGUUCUAUCCUGGGCGAUUUUGUUAUCUUCUUCACUUCAAGGAUCAGACUGCAGGGGUAAUCUAUAGUUUUAUUUCGCUCUUUUUGUUUACUAUUUUACCAAUGUCCAUUACUGGAAUCAGUUACUGGAAAAUCUAUAAAGUUGUACAGGGGCACCAGAAUGCUGUGGCAUCGUCGCUGAACACUGGMCCCUCCACAAACAGCCCAACUUUGACCAGAGAAGAAAUCCGCAUCACUAGAUCAGUGCURGCGCUUGUGUGUGGCUUUGURAUCUGCUGGUUUCCACCAGCUGUCGUUAUCAAUGUGGCAGUUUUUCACAAUCUCUCCCGCUAUGCUGAGAUGAUUUUCAUUUAUACUUCGACCCUAAGCACUGUAACAAAUCCCAUUGUAUUCAAUGUAUUCAACAAACCUUUCAGAAGAGAGUUUCUAAACAUAUUUAGAUGUGGGAAAUCCCUCGAAAAAGCACGUCCACGACCGAACAGAGGAACUGUACCCGAGUUGCAUACAAAUUAG